AUGAGUUGGAGUUUUCUGACCCGUCUGUUAGAGGAGAUCCACAAUCACUCAACCUUUGUUGGCAAAAUCUGGCUGACAGUGUUGAUUGUUUUUCGGAUUGUCCUAACUGCUGUGGGAGGUGAAUCCAUUUAUUAUGAUGAACAAAGCAAGUUUGUGUGCAACACGGAGCAGCCUGGCUGCGAGAAUGUUUGUUAUGAUGCUUUCGCUCCUCUUUCGCAUGUGAGGUUUUGGGUAUUUCAGAUCAUUCUUAUUGCCACUCCAUCUGUGAUGUAUUUAGGCUACGCAAUUCAUAAAAUUGCCCGAAUGGUGGAACACAGCGAAGCUGACAGAAGAACCAGAAGCAAAAGCUUUUCCAUGCGCUGGAAACAACACCGUGGCUUAGAGGAGACUGAGGAGGACCAUGAGGAAGACCCAAUGAUGUAUCCAGAAAUAGAGCUGGAAAGCCAACGGGAGAAUAAAGAGCAGCAGGCCCCUGCCAAAGCUAAGCAUGAUGGCAGGCGGCGAAUCCGUGAAGAUGGACUCAUGAAAAUUUAUGUCCUGCAACUUCUGGCAAGGACUACGUUUGAAAUCGGCUUUCUUGUGGGUCAGUAUUUUUUGUAUGGCUUUGAGGUCAGCCCCAUAUUUGUCUGCAGCAGAAAGCCGUGCCCGCACAAGAUAGAUUGUUUUAUUUCAAGGCCAACUGAAAAGACCAUUUUCCUGCUCAUAAUGUAUGGGGUGAGCUGCAUGUGUUUACUUUUGAAUAUCUGGGAGAUGCUCCAUUUGGGAUUUGGCACAAUCCGGGACAUGUUGAACAGCAAGAGAAAAGAUCUGGAAGACUCUGGUACCUAUAACUACCCUUUUACUUGGAAUACACCAUCUGCUCCUCCUGGCUAUAACAUCACGGUCAAACCAGAGCAAAUGCAAUAUACUGAACUGUCCAACGCCAAAAUGGCCUACAAACAGAACAAAGCCAAUAUAGCUCAGGAACAGCAGUAUGGAAGCAACGAGGAAAACAUUCCCGCUGACCUGGAAAAUCUGCAGAGGGAAAUUAAAGUGGCUCAGGAGCGCCUGGACCUCGCCAUCCAGGCUUACAACAACCAAAACAAUCCCAGCAGUUCCAGAGAGAAGAAAUCCAAAGCAGGCUCAAACAAAAGCAGUGCCAGUAGCAAGUCAGGAGAUGGGAAGAACUCUGUCUGGAUUUAACGUUGGCUGAGUUUAUAUAUUGUGGUUUUUUCUCCUAGUUUAUCAUAACCAGCAACCCCUUGAAUAAUGGCUUCCAUUAAGUAAAUAUUUGAGUCUGCUUAUUUUCAGGGAUACCAUUGGCUAGUGAUUCAACCUCUCAGAAAGGCUUUAUAUGCAUAUUCUAGGAUUAUAGAACUUUAUUCUUCUGUCUUCCAAGUCAGGAGACAAAUAGAUAUAUUUAAAUCAUUCUCAUUGAACGGUUUAUGCUGUAUGUACAGUAUUAUAGUACAUUUAUUAUGCACAAUUUUUUGUAUUUGUACACUGGAUCUCUGACGUUACACUUUUUUAUAUUAACAAGGAGAAAGCAAUGGGUAGCUGUUAGCAUUUUGCUAGUU